CCUGCCUGCAUGAUUUCUUUUUUGGGGAUCUAUGAUCGCUUUCAUCGCUUCAAGUGUCCAGAAAAAAAUUCUGCUUAUGCACAUGUAAUAGACCUACUCUUUUCUCUGGAUGAAAACGAAUGCCGAGUAAUGAAGGGGACCCCUGCGACUACUCCGGGCAGCAAGUCAUCCCCAACACCUCAGAAGAGUUCUUCAAAGAGCCCCGCCCCUGUGCGCCGGAGCAAAUCCCCCGCUGAUUCAGGUAACCAUCAAGAUGCAAAUGGAACAUCGAGCAGCCAGCUCUCCACCCCCAAAUCGAAGCAGUCCCCAAUCUCCACACCUACCAGUCCAGGGAGCCUCCGUAAGCACAAGGUAGACCUGUACCUGCCUCUGUCCUUGGAUGAUUCUGAUUCCCUCGGAGACUCCAUGUAAAGAAACCCCGUUGUCCGAGUGUCUAACGCGCACUCUAUUUUCGAUGCAGUGCGGUCCUUCUGCCAAAAAGAAGCAGAGAGGUCAUUGGUGCUUGCAAACCAAUCCAAGGACACAAAGUUAUGUCUUUCCCCCUCCCCUUAUAGUUUAUCCUCUGUGCUACAAACCAACACCUAUCAACCAACAGAGAUAAAGGGAUACCAUGAUAUGAGUAACUUCAUAAUAGAGAAAAAAUGGCCAUUUGGCAAUUUGGAGUCAGGGUGACUCAUGCCCUUUCAGAUGUCUCUUCUUUUAUUCUGGGAUGCCAAAUUUACGAUUGGCUGCAGGGAGGGCGACUUCCCCUCCCCCACCCCCAUUUUUUUGGUACAAACUUUACUUUAGCACGUUGUUGUAAUUUUGACAGAAAAUGUUCUAAUUUUGUCUUCAUGCCAAAAGGGAAACAUUUCCUGCCACCAGCACCUUUCCCCCAGAUACUGAUGAAAACCAGCAGUGAUUCUGUAGGAGCAGCCCUCUCUCCCAUGUUUUCUCUUUCUGAGAGUUCACACCUGCAUAGUGUACGAUGCUAGUUUCUGUCGCUCAAAGCCAGCGGGGAGAGAAAUCUGUUGACACCAUCUUUAAAAGAUGCCAAGACAGAACGGGUUGUUACACUAUCAAGACAUGCUUGGUAAAGAGUUUCAUAAAUGGCAAAUUUGACUCUCAGAUUGGAUAAUAGGGUACGUUUUAAUAGAUGCACAAGGAUAUUUCAGCGGUUUGAUAUUUUUAAAGAAAGAUUAUAAUAUAUAACUGGCAAUAAAAAAAGAAAUGGUCUGGUUGCUAUGAAGUUAUCUUCACUGCCAAAUGGUAUCUCUCGAUCUCUGCGUAGAAUUGAAUGCCUUGCAAACAGCUAACACUGAAAACACUGUGAAAAUUCUGUUUUCAGGUCUGACAUCUCUAGGUAAUUUUUUUAAAAAAAUAACCCACACUUUUAUAAAGGAAAACAAUUUUAGCUGUGUUCUAGAAAGUCUGUAUUUCAAGCUCCUUUUUUAAAAAAAAACUGGGGACUUUCUUUUGCUUAAAAAAAAAGAAUACAAUUUUUUAAAGUGUAUAAAGAAAAGUUCAAAACAUAACAGUUUGAAAGUGGCUACCAGACCAGCACUAGAGGUAGAGAAAUUGGGGCUGCAUGGACAGAGGGGUCUGGGGAAAUUGCAAUCAGUUCAAUGUUUUGAGAGUGUUUAACAGCAUCUUAGGUUUGACAUUUUCUGUAUUUCGGUAAACUUAAACUAGAGCCAGAUGCUCAGAUUGUAGAACUGUUAGGGGUCUUCACAACCAAGUGUGUUUUAAACAACUCUUUCUUCUACGUAAACCAAAUGGAAAGAAGAAUCUUUUCAUUUUUUUAAUACCACUGGUGCACGGUGCACAAUUGUAUACAGAGCUGAGUGUUUUUCCUGGGUCCAGACAGAAGUGCUAGAUUGAACAUGUCAACUUAUUCCUUAUUUGAGGGAAUACACUUUCUGCAGUCUGGUAAAACAGUAUCAAAGCAAUACCCAAUUCAAACCAGCCUUUGGGUUGCUUUUCAGCUCUGCUUGAGAUUUCUCCGCAACCCCCUGUGAUUCUAGAAUGUAUUAUGACCAUUUGUUACGACUGGGGAAUUUUUUUUCUCCUUUUACCGAUUUUGUGUUCUUUAAAUUUCGCGUUUUUGUUUUGCGAGCUGCCGUGGCUCAUUGGCUUAAAGUGGAAAGAAACGAAUCACCGUAAUAAAGAAAUCAUAAUCAAUGGGCCACUGAACUCUACGAGAACCCUUGGCUGUGACAGGAGAGCUAAGCUUGGCCGCUCCCAGACGUUGAUUGGCGGCGAGCCUCUGUGUUUUUGCCACGGACAUCUUUGAAGUUAAAAAUGUGAAUAUGCCAGGCUUUAUGGUCUUUUUAAAAAGGAGAAGAUUCGGAAGUAACUGAUGGCUGCCGUUGGUAGGAAUCCUGCGUCUCAAGCACACGGUACUGCCCUGCCAUUUUUUUAAACCAAACCUGUAAGACCUGGAAUCCCCUAACCGCUAUGUCAGUGUUUCGCCUAAUAUAUCUUAACUUUUGGCCCAGAAGAUUCGGCAUCCAUGUAUGUUCAUGGUCAGAUCGCUGUGGGGAAGGCUGGCCUUGAGGACAAAGCACAGGGAAGACUUACAGGAGGAUUUUCCAUUGUGUGUUUGGAAUCUGACAGAUCUUGGUGUGUGAAUUGGAGCAGGUCUCUUAGUUUCUUGGUGCCUCAAUUUACCUUAUCUGUCAAACGGGGACAGUAAUACUUCUCUACCUCACGGGGAGGGACGGGGGGAUUGGGUUGGCAAACGAGUCAUUUCGUGAACAUCGCAAGUACGUUUUUGGAUCAACUGGUGGCAAGAGCUGUAUAUAAUGUCCAUAGUAGUUGGUGUUGUGUUAUUAAUAGUAACCGCUUCCCGAUGCUAACUGAGAAAUUUCCUUUGCUGCAACAGCCAGAAGGCCAUGAUCCAACAGAGCAAGUCCGCGCACACAAUGGGCUUUCACUCUUGUCCUCUCCAGGACUGCAAAGCCCUUUUCCUUUCUGAUCUCUCCUCACAGAGCCCGUAAAGGGGCUCUGGAUCACAGCUCUGUAAACAUAGCAUCUGGAUCAUAGCUCUGUAAACAUAGCAUAGAUCACAAACUCCUUAAGCCGACAAAACACUCCAGUUGAAUUGGAGGUUAUGUUUUGUUUGUGAAAUUUUAACUUUGGUCCAUCUUUGAUCUCUCUUUCUCUGUCAUGCUCCCAGUCUGUGCUCAAGAGUAGGAGCACAGGCCAUGCAUUGGGAGGAAGGGAAAUUGCAGUUUGUUUCCAUCAAUGAGGAUAGAUCAGGACUCCACAGAAGUGCAACUUCCCAAUAAUAUGGCAGUGAUGAGAAUGAUACUCCAUUCAAGAGCUGAAGUUCCUGCCACCUACAACUCAAUCACUGCUAUCUCAGUGAGAUGUAAGCGGUCGGACACCACACUGUGCAGUGAGGAUCAUACCACCACUGCUUUUCUCAUGAGCCAAUCCUAUAUUCACUUGGACACCCAAUGCACUAGGUUGCUGUCCAGGUGCAGGCCUGCAAUUGACAUCAGUACUUCGGAGUCUUUCCUUCUCUUCAUCGAAGUCAUUUUCAUGGCAGGCAAAACUGGGAAGCCUUCAAUUUAAAACGAUGGCUAAAUGGAAUCUCAAAGGCCGGGUGACUCUGAAUGUCAUGUAUUGGAAGCAAACACGAGGGCUUGAUUUUCACGUUAUCUCCUUGAAGCAUUUUUCUGAUCCCCUUUGGAUCAGGUGGUGUGAUCCUCCAGGGUUUUCGAUACGUUCCUCAGAAAACCAUUGUUUACAAGGAACAGGUUUCCCCCAUCUUCCGUCAGCAAUGUGUUUUCUUCAAACAAUACGGCUAGAGCAGGGGCGUCCAACUCUGGCGCUUCAAAUGUUCGUGGACUACAACUCCCAUCAGCCCCUGCUGGCCUGGCCAAUUGGCAGGGACUGGUGGGAAUUGUAAUCCAUGAACAUCUGAAGCGCCAGAGUUGGACACUCCUGAGCUAGAGGCGUUUAUUUCCAGUUGCUCUUAAAGAGAAUUGUCCGAGAGCCUGAUCCAGCGAGGACUCUCUUGCCCAGUGUGCGUGGAUGUCCAGACCACUCUGCUGAGUAGGACCGGGCAAGAUUGGGAUUCCUCAUCAUUCAUGUCGCCGCAUGUCGCAUCAGCAAAAUAUACAGAGGCCUCGUGGAAAGAGAAGGUUCUUUUUUCACAAGGAAAAGAAAAGCCAUUCGAGCCUGCAAAAGUGAAACAGGGUAAAGGACCAGACUCCCAGGUUUUAGAAGCAAUUCUUCAGGUAAAAAAAAAAAUCCUUGAACUGUAGGUAGAAAUCAGUGACCAUGUUGGAUGUAAAACUGCCUGUAUAGUAGAUGUUGCAUGAUGUCUUUGUA